AAAAAGGACAUUAUAUUUACCGUAUUAGUAAUUAGUUUUGUUUAUUAACUAUUUCACUUACAUACUAUUUGAAUACAAUCAUAUUUGUAAUCCAGUAAAAAAACUUGUCCUUUAUUAAAUUAUUCCUUUUUUAUUUUGAUUUUUAUAUAACAAUAAAAUAGUUUAUUGCUAAUUCUUCUUCACCUUUCAAAUUGGUUGAGCGUUCAAAUAGCGUGAGUUCCUUGUUAAGAAAAGAAAAAAAGCAAAAAAAAAAAAAAAUGAUUUAUAUAUCGUUGUCUCACACAAUAAAGCGUGGACUAGGGAGAAGACUAUUCUUUUCAAAUCUUUAUUACUCUAUUCUCGUUCUCAACUCUCUCUCUGUCUGCAGCUGUAAACUACAAAAUCUUCAAGAAUCAGAAGUCAAAACCCAUAUAUUUCAGAUUAUCUAUCGGCAUAUCAUUUCAGAUUCUUCAAAAAAUCAAAACCAAUAUCUUUCAGUUUCCAUCGCCCGCUGUUCCAGUUCGGGUUCGCCGAUCGCAAGCUUCAGCCGCUGUCUCUCAACUCCCAAGCUUCUCUCUCUGCAACUGCUAACUUGUAUGAUUUGAAAGACUAAUUGGUCAAUUUGGGUUGAACUUGAGUCUUGAACAAGCUGAAGGCCCUUAUCGUGCAUUAUAAUUUUUACAAUUACAGCAUCCUACGGCCCUACCAUCUUUUAGAGUGCUUUCAUCACUUCAGACUGACUUUUGUGCUUUGAGCAACUUGGAGGAGCUUAAUUUGACUGUUAGUGUGAAGGGGCUGAUUACUGUAAAAGAUCUAUGGCUAGGCAAGGAAGCACGAUAGCCACAAAAGAAGAUGUUCAAAAUUUGCAAAAAAAUCUGCAACGUCAAAUUUCUUGAUUGAGCACUAUAUUAGAACAAAUUUCUCCUCUAAAUCUGGUCAGUAGGAGAGAGAGGAAUCAACAAAUGAAUGCAUAUGAAUUCGAAUAUUGGACAGAACAGACUACUGGAAAAAGAAGUCAGCAUCAUAAGUUGUCUAGAAGACCAAAACAGGGUGCUGCCACAUUGGUUAAACAGCCGCAGAACACUUGGACAACAAAGAACAAUACCAAGGAGUCUGAAUUUUGGUACUACAGACAUGAGGAGCUGAGAUUCAAACCUGUCAAGUGUCCGAUAAUUUUAGAUAAUCGUGUAAUCAAUGCAAAGCAACUCAUCACUGAGGAAGACAUUGGAAAUCAUGCUGAUUUUGACAAUGCCAAAUCAGCUUGGGAUGAAUUUGUUGGAUGGGAUGAUGAAGAAGGUGAGACACUGCAGGAAAACUCAACUUUUUCACUUGAAGAAUUUGACAAAAAGGAGGAGGAACAUAAAGAUGAAAUUUCUUUCGUGAAUGAUGCAAUUGAAUCGAAUAGCGCAACAACUGAAAAUCAACCAGCCUACAACGAAGCUGAGAUUGAAGACGACAAAAAGGCGGAGGACAUCUAAGGAAGCAACCAUCAACUUGUCUAAAGUUGCAGAAGCUGUCACUGGUCAACCUGCUCUUCAUGGAUUUCUCAACAAUUGCUCUGCUAAAAUCUUGCCUAUUGCAUUUCCUGGUCAGGGCUAUGCCCGAGUCUUAUGUUCUUAUGAUGAUUUGCCUAAAACUCUAGUUGAAAAUCUGAAUCAGGGCAUCUGCUGUCAAGAGCAUGGAUUUCCAUCCAGUUCAACAAACUCUGUUUCUUCUUGCGACGAAUGUUGGUAAUGUUGCAUCAUGGGAAGCUGGUGGUAGGGAGGAGUGUGCUUCUAGAAAUUUCAAGGUCUAUGACAUUGGAUCGUGUUCAAUGACUUUGCAGGCAUCUUUGGCUAAUGAGUAUGCUGCAUCAGUGAACAAAGUGAUAUGGAGUCCUGAUGGCAUCCUUUUGGGUGUGUAGCACAUUCCAAGCACACUUUGCAGUUAUAUUCCUAUCAUACUGGUGAGGAUGUCCAAAAGAAUCUAGAGAUUGAUGCUCAUGUUGAUCUUGCUUUCUCUGAUCCAAACCAACAGUUAUGCUUCAGAACUUUUGGAGAGGACAAGACAACUAAGGUUUGGGAUGUUGCUACUGGUUCUAGGCAAUACACUACUUUUGAGGGUCAUGAGGAUGCUAUUUAUUAUGUAUGCGCACACAAUAAGGAAAAAAUUCAGUGCAUCUUUUCAGCAGCUAUUGAGGGUAAAAAGAUUAAAUCUGAUUUGGCAAUAUCUUCUCAUGGAGGAGAAUCUGAAGAUAAAAACAAUGAACUUGCCGUGGUACAUGGCACGACAAGCAUUACAUCAGUUUCAAGUUUCUGGAAUAACUUCGUAAGAAAUGAAGCUACUUUGUUCAUGAGGUUGGAAAAUCAUGGAUUCCAUAUUCAUGACUCAAUUUGGGAUGAUUUCUUGAUGUGACAUGACUUGGAGUCGUUGUCAUUCAAAAAUCAGAUUAAUUCGGAUUUUGUUUCAUGAUAUGUGUUCAAGCAAGCUUCAGAAACCUUCUAAAUUUAAAGAAAGAGCUUGGGAAAUUCAUGAUAAGAUGCUUUUUGCUGGUGAAAGAAAAUUAUUGUGUUUUGUUCGAGUAAGGAAAAGAAGAAGGCAAGGAUGGAAGACCUUAUCCGGGUUUUUAGUAGAUCGUGGUAAAUUGCUUCAAACUCGAGGUUGAGUUUUCUUCAAGGAGGAGGGUCUGAUGCAAAUCAGUAAUGGUGCUUUAGUUAGGAUUGAGGCAGUCAAUGGUGCCUUGAAAAGAAUUUAGAGGCAACCAACACCCAUAUGGCUUCCUCUUUUGAUGAUGUCCAACAAGGAAUAAUCUCCUUGAAUGACAAACUCGAAACUCUUACCCAGAUUUUCACCCUUUCCUCCACCCCUGAUGCAGCUCUUCAGGAACAAAUAAAUCAAAUGACUAUCGAUUUAGCCAAACUUCAAAAAGCUAAAAUGUCUGAUUUAUAUCCACCAGAUCCACCAGAUCCUCCAUCAAAGGAUUCGGCGCUUCCCUCCGACGAUACCUUUCCACCAGUUAACCCCUCUGUUGGCAAACCUACCCGUUACAAGGUUAAACCUUUGUUUUACGGACAUGAAGACAAGGUCGAAAUCCUUAAGGUCUUCUCUGAACCCUCUUCUUCUACUUAUCGUGGAGAUGAUUAUGAAAGCAUCAUAGAUCAGCUCAAUUGUUUACAAGCUUUAUAUGUCGACCCACAACUUACGUUCGACGAAAGCGCUCAUAUCAUUACUCGAAUGCGCCAGAUCUCAUUACAAAAUGAGAAUCUACUUACGCACUUUGGUUACACACCAAACGACAGCUCAAGUUCCUCUGACGAAGAAAAUACAUCCGAAGACGAACAAAUUUACGCCUUUUCGGAUAAGUCCGACUCUUCUGAAGAACUCGAUGAAACCAUUGAGGCCGAUCCUAUUCCGACUUCCUCUUCCGAGACCACCCUCGACGAAGUCCCCAAACCUACAAAAGGAAAAACCAAACAACGUCCAUCUGAGACGAUUCUAGACGAAUCCUUCUAUGGCGACUUUCCUACUGAAGACUUUCUCCCAGCCGAAGAAGUCUCUGGCUCAGGCCAAAAGACUGACGACGAAAAAGCCAAACCAGCUGAACCCAAAGUCUAUACCUCCUCGUAUAAAUACGACUUUUCUACCGUCCCCACCUGGACAAGAAAAGAUGACCUCAAUAAGUUCCCCAUUUCACAACAUGGCACUUAUUUGGACCUCACAAAUGUUCCCUAUAAAGACCAUUUGAAAACUAUAGACGAAUGGGCACAGUCCUUAGCCAUUCUAGUCAAUAACUACAAAGGAACCUGGGAACGUGACCGCUUCCUUGAUUACCUUUCAGCAACCCUCCAAGGUGAUGCUCUCGACUGGCUUCGACAAUGGGAUCAAACUCCUUAA